AUGCUGACCGUUGAUGCUGACCAAGGUGGGUUUUUUUUCUUAGACGCACCAGGUGGAACAAGUAAGACAUUCUUAAUAUCAUUAAUUCUUGCAAAGACACGUUCCCAACAGAAAAUUGCUUUGGCAAUUGCAUCGUCAGGCAUUGCUGCAACUUUGUUAGAUGGUGGACGAACAGCACAUUCAGCAUUGAAGUUGCCAUUAGACAUUCAUAACAAACCAAACGCAAUGUGUAACAUUAAAAAAAAAAGCGGAAUGGCUACAGUGUUGCAAAAAAGUGCAAUAAUAAUUUGGGAUGAGUGUACUAUGACUCAUAAACAUUCACUUGAAGCAUUUCAUAGAACUAUGCAAGAUUUGAAAGGCAACCAUAAACUUUUCGGUGGUACUCUUUUACUACUGUCCGGUGAUUUCCGGCAGACUUUACCAGUUAUUCCUCACUCUACUUUUGCCGAUGAGAUCAACGCAUGCUUAAAACAAUCGUUUUUAUGGACAAGUGUUGAGACACUUCGACUGACUAUGAAUAUGCGAGUACAAUUGCAAAAUGAUCCAACAGCACAAGUAUUUUCUAAACAAUUGCUAGAUAUUGGAAAUGGUGAAAUUGAGUUGCAUCAAAAUACACAAUACAUAAAAUUACCAGAUAUUUCUGCACUGUUGUUGAAACGAGAAAUGAACUAA